CAAAAGAAGUUGCAAAUAAAUCUUAUGUUUUAAGGAAGUUUGUGAUUGUGUUUUGGGUCACAUUCACAGCUACCCUAGGUGCAUGUGAACCGCAGGCUACAGAUUGAACGUGGUAAAAAGGAAAGGACAUUCCUGAACUUCUGGAGCUUGCUUGCACUUACAGGGAGACAAAACCAUGGUUGCUGCUGCCUACUGAAUCCCCAGCCAAGGGCGUGGCUACCGCUUUGCACACUGCAGAUCCAGAGUGGUGAAGCUGAUUCAUUUCUGCUGACAGCAGCCAGUGCAGAGAAUCUCCAAUGCUGAGUCCUGAGACUCCAGUAACUUCUGUCUGUGCUCACUGUGCCCCUCCCUGCAAGAGCAGUAACUUACUUUAACUGCAGUGUGUUCAUGGCAGCCUUUGGCAGUGAAUGACAGUACCAGAAGAAGCACAAUUUAAGCCCAGCAGCCAAAACAGAAAACUACAGGAACAUUAUAGGGCCACAUUCAACAAAUUCAAAUUCAUGGCUUUUUACAGGACAGACAACAGAGGGUGAAGGAAGGCAUAGGGAGGUGGCACUCAGAUCAGGAUUAGCUUUUGGGUCCUGAGUAGCAGAGUCACCAUGUAAAAAGAUUCAUUUGGAGACAGUGGGGAGGCUGGGGCCCUUAGAUAUGAUUGAGAAAUGAUUAAUUUUGUUAGGUAAUGAUAGAUGGAGGAUGUUUCCCUAUGAAGGGCUAUGAUGUCUACAGCUUCCUUUAAGAUGGCUUUAGGAGGAGCUGGAGGAGUAGACCCCGCGUUGGCAGCUGUUGAGGGGAGAAAAAUGCCACGUGUAAAAGCAGCUCAGGCUGGAAGACAGGGUCCUGCAAAGAGGCGCCUUGCAGAGCAGUUUGCUGCUGGGGAGGUCAUAACCGACAUGUCUAAAAAGGAAUGGAAACUAGGAUUGCCUAUUGGCCAAGGUGGCUUUGGCUGCAUAUAUCUUGCGGACACAAAUUCUUCCAAACCGGUUGGCAGUGACGCACCCUGUGUUGUGAAAGUGGAACCCAGUGACAAUGGACCUCUUUUCACUGAAUUAAAGUUCUACCAGCGGGCUGCUAAACCAGAGCAAAUUCAGAAAUGGAUUCACACACACAAAAUGAAGUACCUUGGUGUUCCUAAGUAUUGGGGAUCUGGUCUACAUAAUAAAAAUGGAAAAAGUUACAGGUUUAUGAUAAUGGACCGCUUUGGGAGUGACCUUCAGAAAAUAUAUGAAGCAAAUGCCAAAAGGUUUUCUCGGAAAACUGUCUUGCAGCUAAGCUUAAGAAUUCUGGAUAUCCUGGAAUACAUCCAUGAGCAUGAGUAUGUGCACGGGGACAUCAAGGCUUCCAACCUUCUUCUGAGCUACAAGAACCCUGACCAGGUGUACUUGGUAGACUAUGGACUUGCUUAUCGGUACUGCCCAGAUGGAGUUCAUAAAGAGUAUAAAGAAGAUCCCAAAAGAUGCCACGAUGGCACACUAGAGUUCACCAGCAUCGAUGCGCACAAUGGCGUGGCCCCAUCACGACGUGGCGAUCUGGAAAUACUUGGUUAUUGCAUGAUCCAGUGGCUCAGUGGCUGUCUUCCUUGGGAGGAUAACUUGAAAGAUCCUAACUAUGUUAGAGAUUCUAAAAUUAGAUACAGGGACAAUGUCGCAGCUUUGAUGGAGAAGUGCUUUCCUGAGAAAAACAAGCCAGGUGAAAUUGCUAAGUACAUGGAAACUGUGAAAUUACUGGACUACACUGAAAAACCUCUUUAUCAAAAUUUACGUGACAUUCUUUCACAAGGACUAAAAGCUAUAGGAAGUAAAGAUGAUGGCAAACUGGAUUUUAGUGCUGUGGAGAACGGAGGUGUGAAGACAAAACCAGCCUCAAAGGUGAUAAAAGAGAAGCAUGAGUGCUCAGAGGUGUGGCCAACACAUUCAAGCAGUGGAUACGAGAAGCGGAAGAAAGAAGUGGAAGAAAGCACGGUGUGUAGUGUGGAAGACAUGGAGUGCUCAGAUACCCAGGUGGAGGAGGCCAUACAGACUCGUUCAAGAACCAGAAAGAAAGCCCAGAAGUAAAUGAGAUGCCAGGAACCGACUUUUCUGCCUAUUCAUUUGACCUUUUUCUCCUUUUCUAUUGUAUGUUUUAUUUUCAUGUGAGUCUUGUGGGGUUGUAGUAAUAAUUAAAUGGCUAUUUUUUUGAAAAACAAACUUUAUUAAAAUGAAUGUUUUGUGUACUAUAUUGAAGGGUAAUCUCUAAAAUCCUCGAGUCUUUAAUCGUUGCAGCCUGUGUGGUUUCCGGGCUUGGGAGAGUGCGGCUCUGCCUGCCAUGCACUCCUCAGAGUGGGUGGAAUGCUUGGCAGGCUCCUUGCUUUUAGGGAAGUGCAGAACUUCAAAUAAAGGUCUCUUUUGCUCGAUGUAAACAUGCAGUUUGUUAUGAUAAUAAAGUAUGGUCUAUAUGGA